GCGCGGCCGGAGCCCGGGCUGGGGAGGCGCCGGAGCCGAGGGAGGAGCUGGCCGGAGGGUCGCCGCCCGCCUCCCCGCCCCGAACUCCGCCGCCCUCGCUCGGCACAAGCCGCCCCGGAGCUCCGCCGCCGCUGCUCCACCGGCCAAGCCGGCUCCCCUUCGCCGCCGCCGCCGCCUCGCCGCGGCUCUCCGGGGAAGGCAGGGGCUCUGGAGCCGCCCCUGGCCGGCGGGGGGCGGGGAGCCCGGCUUGCGGGGCCGCUUCCGCGCUCGCCUCGGCCGGUUUGGUCCUGGCCAAGCGCGAUCGGCCAAUCUUUUCGAAAACUUCAAAAAGAAAACACUCGAGGGAAUUACAACAACAACAUUGUGUAAAGUCUGGAACGUCGGCUAACAGAAUGCCACCGGAUAUUCCUGUCUCUUUCCUAUAAUAAUGGCCACAAUAUGUUGGCACUACCGCACGUAGCUGUGAACAUGACAUCCUGAAAAUUGUAUGCAUGGCCAUCAGGUGAUCCAGAGAACCAUGGAGCUGAAAGUUUGGGUCGACGGAGUCCAAAGGAUUGUUUGCGGAGUCACGGAAGUUACAACGUGCCAGGAAGUGGUUAUAGCGCUUGCCCAGGCUAUAGGUCGUACGGGGAGGUACACCCUGAUCGAAAAAUGGCGGGAUACGGAGAGGCAUUUAGCGCCUCACGAAAACCCGAUCAUUUCUUUGAACAAAUGGGGGCAACACGCCAGCGACGUGCAGCUCGUCUUACGACGUACCGGGCCGUCGCUUAGCGAGCGGCCGACCUCGGACAGCGUAGCUCGGAUCCCGGAAAGGACUUUGUACCGGCAAAGCCUGCCUCCCUUGGCCAAACUCCGCCCUCAGAACGACAAGUCGAUCAAACGGAGGGAGCCGAAACGCAAAUCGUUGACGUUCACCGGCGGGGCCAAAGGAUUGAUGGACAUUUUCGGGAAGAGCAAAGAGUCCGAGUUCAAGCAAAAAGUCCUCCAUUGCAAGGCCACGACGGACGAGUUGAAAAAGCUUAUCCGUCUCCAGACGGAGAAGCUGCAGUCGGUGGACAAACAGCUGGACUCGAACGAGGCCGAGAUCCGAUACUGGGAGCAGAAGUCCAGCUUCAGCCUGGAGGACGAAAUCCUCAAGUUGGAACAGAAGCUCAAGAGGAACGAGGUGGAGAUCGAAGAAGAGGAGUUCUGGGAGAACGAGCUCCAGAUCGAGCAGGAGAACGAGAAGCAGCUGAAGGAGCAGUUCCAGGAGACCCGUCAGAGGAUCGCGGACUGCGAAAGCCGGCUGAGGGACUACGUGGCCCAGAUCCGCCACAUGGAAAGCGGCCUGGAGGCGGAGAAGUUGCAGCGGGAGGUCCAGGAGGCUCAAGUCAACGAAGAAGAAGUCCGAGAGAAGAUCGACAAAGUCCGAGGAGAACUCGAUCUCCACGGCCAACAAAGCCUCCGGCUGGAAAACGGACUCAAAGCCGUGGAGAGGUCUCUCGGACAGGCGGCCAAGCGGUUACAGGAAAGAGAACAAGAACUGGAGCAGCUGACGAAAGAACUGCGUCAAGUCAACCUCCAACAGUUCAUCCAGCAGACGGGGACGAAAGUCACAGUCCUUCCGGCUGAACCCGUGGAAUUGGAGACCUCCCACCCAGAGCUCGAGAAAGAACCCGUCUUUCAAACCAGCUCCCUCAAACGCCCGAGUUCCUCACGGCAGCUUCCCAGCAACCUUCGGAUCUUGCAGAACCCGCUCUCCUCCGGUUUUAACCCCGAGGGCAUUUACGUAUAACGGCCCACCCGUUCUUCUCGAGAGGACCUUCGAAGGUAACCAAGGACCACGGCCCGUUCCCUCCUGCCGGGUUUUCUUCUUCUCCUCCCCGUGACCGGUGACGGAAGAAGACCCCACCACCACACACACACCAAAUCCGGCAGUCGAAAACUUAGAGGGGGGCAUUUCAUUGCCUGUUUUUUAAUCCGAUCGGCGACAAACGUGGAGUCUCACGCUGGGACGCUGAUUAUACGAAGAAGGACAAAACACAGCGGUGGUGGCCAUUGCUGCCCGAACAGCCAUGUCAAAAUAGCUUUCUUUGUUUUGCUUUUUUUUAAAAAAAACAACAACAACAACAAUAUUAUUAUUGCUAUUUCUGAAGCAUAAAUAUUUCUUAGCAGGCAUCCGUGGCGGAUCAGAGCCCUCCCCAAAAAAUGCUCACUCUCUAUGCCAGGGGUAUGUGGAGAAAUGAUGGCCCUUUGAUGACAUGUGGACUUCAACUCCCAGAAUUCUUGAGCCAGCAUCACUCUAUCUCUCUCUCUUAGGAAUUCUGGGAGUUGAAGUCCCUCGUGGCUGUCUCGGGAAUCCUGGGAGUUGAAGUCCUUCGUGGCUGUCUUGGGAAUCCUGGGAGUUGAAGUCCAGAGGCCAUCAAAGGGCCAUCGUUUUCCCAGCUCUGCUCUAUGCCGUUGGAUUACUAGGGACUCGUUUAUGACGUGUGAAUGCGGGCAUCUCGUUUCUAGUCGCAGGUCUUGCUUUAGAGCAGGCCUGUCUUACUCUCCCACCCAUGGCUGUUCCUAAAGACACCAUUUUGAAUUACGUUUGUCCUUCUUCACUCCUAUGUAGCAUCGUUUACACCGUGUGUUGAUAAAGAGCUUGGUAGAUCUUCCCCAACCUGUUACUCGUUGGGGAUGUGGUGAUGAAGAUGCAACUCGGAGUGAGGGACCCUAAAUAUUAAAGAAAAGAAAGCAAACAUGUAACAUCCUCCAGCUACUACUAGGUUGCAAGCUUUAGUAUGUUUCAUAAUUGUUCCUGCUCCUGUAAGGUGUCCGUCAACCAUCCACCUUUUGAAAGGGAGUUGAAGGACAAAAAGUUGGAUAAAGUCCCAUUUUAAGUCAGGUAGAACUUGGGUUUUGCCCCAUAAUGAUGCAGCGUGAGAAGUGUUUGUGUAUGUGUGUAGUUGCAUAAGAGAGAGAGAGAGAGAGAGAGAAUCUGCACAGGUCUGAAUGAAUGUGCGGGACGAUCAAAGCCAUGUGGUGUUUUGUCACCGCAAAGAGUGUCACAAUGUCCAAACGUGCUGAAGCUUAAAAGAAAGAAAGAAAGUUUUGUGUUGUGGUGGGUUUUCUUGUGUUACAGCCAUUGUGGUAUUUUUUUUCUUCUCCCCCUUCCUUUUUUUAAUAGCCAAUGGACUUUCCCACUUAAAGGUCCCCAGGCCCGAAACUCCACAGUGUAAGGAUUAGCAUUUGAAGAUCUCCUAGUUAAAUAGCGUUUUAUGAUACAGAAGUUUAUAUUUGAGAUAUUUUGCCAUAAUGAAUACGCCUGUCAAGGAACAAAAUGCUCCGUCUUCAGUCCAGUGUCUUGCCAAAGGAAUUUCUCACCGUUUAUUUUUAUGAUGAUGAUUUUUACCACUACAGUGUUCUUGUAUCAUAGCCAGGAAAGACACAAUCAUCCAUUAUAAUGUAGAUUUGUGCCACUUUACAAUUUGUUGAGCCAGAAACACCCGUGUAUGGUAGUUAGCCAACUGCAUAACACCCUAUUUUAGUUUAUUAUGGUGAUGAUUAUUUUGCAAAACCAGGUCUGUCAGUCCAGGAUGGUUUCAGAUGUACAUAGAAUGGAUGAAAAAUGCUCAGGCCAUGAGCUAUGAAGUAGCUGGUCAGCUCCACCCUUAUGCCUUGCCUAUAGAAAGAAGUAUAUAAUAUAUAUCUAAAUAUAUAUGCAUAUAUAUUUCUAUAACUGUUUGCAAAAUUAUUUCAGUCCCGAAUGUGAUGAUAAUACAAAAAAAAUGGUUCUUGAAGAAAUGGUCAUUUGUUUAAAUAAAAGCACAUUUAUUUCUUAACGUAGCUCGUCACCCAAUUACUCCCCAAAAUAAUAGAAUAGGUUUUACAGCGGAAGAUUGCAUGUCCCCAGAACGAUAGGAAUAAGAAGCACAUAAAUCACACAUUUCAAGUUAUAUUAGCAGUUAGAUUUCUGACCGUUUGAAGUAUUAUGUCACUAACAGAACGCAGGAAUAUAUUUUGAGCAUUUCAGGAACGUUGCUGCGUUGCUGAAUAUUUUGGAAAUGUCUCACAAUUAUUCGGAACCUGAUAUUCAUUUUGAUAACACCAUAAAAUCAGAAUUCAGGCCUUAUUAAUUGUGUUCCUUUUUUCUGACAAUAGAGUGAUGAAGGAAAUGAUCUUGUUUUCUUUGGGGUGACAACACAUUUACCUGAAAAACAAGGUGACUCCAAUUGUAAGAUAAUCCCCAUUCUCCUAAGAAGGUGAAAACAGACAAAGAAUUCAAAAUAUCUUGACUCAUAUCUCUUGCAGUGCCCAACUCCAGCCGAAAACAGCAGCGUGUGUGUACGUACACACACUGCACAACUUUGUCAAAAGUUUUGUUUUAGUAAAGGAGAAUGAUUUAUUGAUUCCCCCAAUAAAAUAAAAUUUUAAAAAAACUCUUCAUAAAUACUUCCCCUUUCCUUUCCUUGAUAUUCUGGAUUUUGCUGGUCAAAAUCUCCAUGAGAGAAAUGUAAUCUAUCCUUGCCUGGAAUUGUAACAAAAACAGGAUUUGACAUCGUGAAAAUAAUAAUAAUAAUAAUAGUUGGUUGAUGUUGAUGGACAAGCUGAAAGGACAACUGGCUUGCCAAAUGAAUUUUCUUCGGCAACGUCCAAUCCGCAAAGGCAUUGUAGUACAUUUAUGAGAUAUUUAACUGCCUGCACAUUUUCCACUCAGCCCUAGAACCUCUGUAAUAGCCGUCUCCAGAUGUGCAGACUUCAGUGUUUACAGUCCCCAGAUGUGUAAGGUUUCAAUUUCCAGAACUUAGCGGUCAGCUAACCGUUGGUCCAUGUUUCUGGAAAGUGCUAAGAUGGAGACGGCGUGAAUUUUUACCUUCAGCCAAGAUUUGCUCCACCCAAAAAAAAGGAUCCUUUGGGACCAGGGAUGUUGAAAUGCCACCGUUAUUGGCUUCACGUUCAUUCAAGUAGUUAUUUCAUCCAGUGCAAAGUACAAAGCAUGAGCUAAAGAACUCAUCGCAAAAGUUGAAUUGCACUGAUCUUUAACUUGGCCUCCUACAACACUUCUCCAAGCCUGCUCCGUAAAGAUUUUGUCCUUCGCUGUGAAAUUAACCAUCUGCCAACAUUUGAAUAUUUCCUUCCAAGGUCUUCAGCGAGUUAAGUUUAGUUCAGCUGGUAACAGAAUUGUCUUAAGCUACAAUAUGAAGUUCUAAAAAGUGCGGAUUAAAUCGCUUACUCCGUCUUUAGUCCUGGGAAAUUAAAAAGUCCUCAAAGAGAUAUAAAGGUGGUUCCAAUAAUGGAAAACCCUGCUCUAUGGAGCGAUUAACUUCCUUUUUAGGGUACAGCCUAACUCAUCCUACCUCAUUCCUUGCCCUUUCCUGAUAAUUUUCCUACGAACCCCAAUUCUUCCCAUCCAAAUAUUAUGACGUCUGCAGUCUGGCAUUGCAUUCGAUAAGCUAGCCACUUCAAAAGAUAUGCAAGAAAAUGAAUUGUGCAGGUAUGAUGAGCCCAGUGGGGAAUAGAAUAGAAUAACGGAGUUGGAAAGGGACCUUGGAGGUCUUCUAAUCCAACCCACUGCUCAGGCAGGAAAAGAGGGGACUUCACAUUUUUUAUUGCUUCUCCAUUGUGUAUGUCAUCUUUAAUGAGAAUAGAACCAAAAGGACGGAAGGGAAAAAUAUCAACAAAAACCUUUCGUUCUAUUUUGUUUUUAAAGGAGAAGAAUUGUUAAGUCUUGGGGUGAUAUUUAUAGAUCCUUAGUCUAAGUUAGGGUAGGUAGACCAACCUUGGUCACUUUUAAGACCUGCGGACCUCUACUCACAGAAUUCCCCAGCCAGCCACGCCCUGCUUCCUGCUGGGGAAUUCUGGGAGUCGACCUCCACAAGUCUUAAAGUUGACCACGUUGUCCCUGCCUUUAAAGGAGAUAAGACCAUCCAUGAUGAAGGCCAGUCUUCUAGUGUUUUGUAGCCUUCAAAAGAUGGUGACACACAUGUAGCUCAGCCGAAGGCUACAAAUGCAGCCAUUAAGUACAAAAUAAUUCGUGUGAGUUGAUAGAUCUCAACAGCAUGUCUGUCGGAUGGAUUAGUCUUUGAGCAACAUUUAUAUUUGCUCCCAUCUAUGAGAAGAUUGGUUAGGUUCACUCGCUGGCAGUUCAACUUUGCGCCUUGACGGAGUCACCCAGACAAUUUCCUUCUCUUAUUUCCUCUUGCAGACUCUCCGUGUCGAACAAAAUUCCCAGUGUGCUUUAUAUAAUGUGAAUUAGGCCUUAAUUGUUUUUGUACAUAACAACCCUGUAUUCUGAUUUAUUUUCCAUUAUCGAAUAGCUCUGUGCCGUAUUUUAUUAAAUACAUUAUCGAAUAGCUCUGUGAUAUCUAUCUAUCUAUAUAUAUGUAUAUCUAGAUAUCUAGAUAUAGAUACAUAGAGAGAGCUAUAGAUAGAUAGUGAGAGAGAGAGAGAGAGAUGAUAGAUGGAUGGAUGGAUGGAUGGAUGGAUAGAUAGAUAGAUAGAUAGAUAGAUAGAUAGAUAGAUAGAUAGAUAGAUAGAUAGAUAUAGACAUAGAUAUAGAUAUAUCACAAAAGUAUUACUUUUGUAUUCCAGCUGGUUUGUUUUUUUAAGGCAUUAAUUCAUGCACAUUUAUUCUAUUUGUUACAGUAUUUUCAUGUUUUGGAUGAAGGCCAUCGCUUGUAUGGAAAUGACAAAACAGUUCUGUUUAUUUAUUUAUUUGCUCGGUAUUUUUGCUGCUGUACUAUUUUUUGAAUAAAAUUUCCAUUGCCAAUAAAAGA